CAAUUCAAACUGGAGCGCUCCCUUCUCGUGGUGACGUCACGUCGUUCACCUGCCACAUUCCAGAUUUGUUCGACCGCUUCCGUAUUUCAUAUUAGUGUAGAAAGACCAUGCUGUGAGCAGCCGGACGCGUCUGUAUUGCGAAAGUCUUUCCACCCCUCAAUCUCAUCUGUAUGUGCCUUGAAGACGACUCAGCAUGGCUGGUCCUAUUGAGGAGAACAUGCUAGAAGAGGAGCUGACAUGCCCCGUAUGUCUGGAGCUUUUCCAGGAACCCCAUCUGCUGCCUUGUGGGCACAAUUUUUGUCUUCAAUGUGUGAAGAGGCUGAAGAGCAAAGGGAGCGGAUCUUUGAAGUGUCCAGAGUGUAGGAAGACCCAUAAAAGUAAUGUGACACUGCAGAAGAAUUAUCGGCUGGCCAACAUCGCCACAGAAUACCGUAAGAGAGGCCAGCCGUCAAGUAGAUUGCUAAAGACCACCCCUGUCCACAUUGCAUGUGACUACUGUUUGGAUGAGCAAGCUCCUGCAGUGAAGACCUGCCUGAAGUGUGAGGUGUCCAUGUGUGGUGAGCAUCUCAAGCCACAUCUGGAAAGACCCGCCUUUCGGGAACACCUCUUGGUAAAGCCUUUGGGAGAUCUGAAGAAGAGGAGAUGCCCGGAACAUGAUGAGAUGUUCCGAUACUACUGCCUGGAUGAUAAAGUGUGCAUUUGCAAUGCAUGCACCAUUGAAGGCCAGCAUACUGGACACACCAUAAAGACCCUGAAUAACAUCAUGAAGGACUUCAAGGCAUCCCUGGAGAUUCAGCUGCAGAAGGCAAACAGGAAAAUAACCAAGACAGAGAGAACCCUGCAGGAGAACCGGAACUACGAGUGUGAACGGCAGACCUUUUUUGAGGAGACUGUGGUACAAGUGGACAUGAUGGACGGGCACCUCCGAGCCGAGCUGGACGGGUUUAUGUCUUUGUUGAAAGAGUGCAUUCGCACAUCUCUCGGCCUGUCGGAACCGCAAAAGGAGCAAAACCUGAGAAGGAUCGUGGAGGACGAAGCAAGACUGCAGGAGGUCCACACGGGAAUCGAAGCGCUCCUGAAAGAGAAUGACUCAUUCUCCUUUGUGCAGGAAUAUGGGUCCAGUGGAAAAAAGCUGAAGAAGCUGCUCAAGAAACCACUAUGUUCCCUGGACUAUGAAAGUGUGGACGUGGAGGGCAUGGCUGAAAGCAUGGAGUCCAAGCUAAAAGAUUUUCAAAUUAAGCUCAAGGAACGAGUUUCUAAACUCAUCGAAUUUGUGGUUACCAAGCAUGGUGGAGAGGAACAAGGUGAGGAGGAGGAAGAUAGUGGUGAUGAUGAUGACGACGACGACAGUGAUGAUGAUGAUGACGAGGACAGUGAUGAUGAUGAUGAGGACAGUGAUGAUGAGGAGGAGGAGGAAGAUCAGCAGGAUGCUGAGGGGGAUGAAGAAGAGGAAGAGGAGGAAGAGGAUGAAUAAAGGCACUGUGAACUUGUAUUUAAAACCAAUUAAAACUUCAGUUUAAGAUUUCCAUCUCUUCCUAUAAACAGUAUUUGGUUUGUGUUUUUGGUGGGGGGGGGGACAUGGCUUCUUGAAGUUUACAUCCACUGUACAGAGCCUGAGAAAGGCGCAGCAAAAGCCAAAGAGCACUGCCAUCAGUCUCCUCCCCAUUCAAUAGGAACAACAGUGUUUAUGUGGGUGAUCCCUGGUGAAUUCACUGCCAUUUAUGUUUUAGUCACAUAUGCAUUUGCAAGUGAUUCUAUUAAUCCAGCCUCGUCUCUUGUCUGGGCGCAGUCAUCACAAUACCUGCUAUUGUGUACAAAGUCAAUGCCAGUGUGGAUGUUUGAACAAAGUACCAUGACUGCAACUGCUGUCCACUGCCAGAUUAUUCUAGAGAGUUUUGCAUAUUUUUUUAAAACAAAAUUACAGGUGGUUUCUCACCCACACCAGUUUUAUGAUCAAAAACUUGAUUAAAAUUAAUAAAA